UUGCUCUUUUUUUUCUUUUAUUGUAAAAAAUAUUCUUUGUUUAUAUCAUAGAGUUUUUUGGUCGGCUAUAUUUCUGUUCUUGUUGAGGUCUUCUGAAAGCGAAUCUUGUCAAAAAAACUUAAGGCUUCUUUACUUUUUCCAGAUUAAUUUACCAGUAUAUUUUCUAGGGGAGUUAUCAGAUCUACUCUUUGGAUCUCUCUCCACUAUAUUUUCAAGAAACCAUUUCUUGGUUUUGGAUUCAGAUCCAAGUGAGUUCCUUUUCGUUUUUGAAAGAAACUAAUUUUUUCUUUCCCUAUAAUCAGGUUUUAGGGUUUCUUAGGGAUUCAUUAAUCAUGUCAGGAAAAUGGUGAGAGGGAAGAUCGAAAUCAAAAGAAUCGAGGACGUGACCAGCAGACACGUCACGUUUUCCAAGCGUAGGAAAGGUCUCUUGAAGAAGGCUCACGAGCUUUCAGUUCUAUGUGAUGCUCAAGUAGCAGCCAUUGUCUUCUCUCAGAAAGGAAGAUUAUAUGAUUUCGCUAGCUCCGACAUGCAGAAGAUGAUAGAGAGAUGUGAGAUACAUAGGGGUGAGUAUUUUGGAGCAGAGAGACUCCAAAAACAGCAAUACGUGCAAGAUCUCAAGAACGAAAUGGCGAUAACGAUGGACAAGAUUAAACUUCUUCAACUUCAUUGCCGGAAGCUGAUGGGGCAAGAUUUGGAUUCGUGUUCGGUGGAGGAACUCAAGGAGAUAACUACCAAAAUUGAGAAAAGUCUUACUAUUGUCAGAUCAAGGAAGGCUAAGUUAAAUGAAGAUAGAAUAGAGAAACUAAAAGCAGAGAUUGUAGCAGAGAGAGAGGUCUUGAACGAUAAAAGUAGGCUGCGCCAAAUGUUUGAAGAACAACCCUUGUGGAUUCAGUCAAGGAGCCUAGAGAGUGAGAAGAGUGCACCUUCCUGUAGUUGUGGAAACAUGAACUUGUCGGAUGUGGAAACUGACUUGUCCAUCGGAUUGCCUCAAAGUCGAGUGUAAUCAACAGAGUUCUUGUUAAUGUUCAUAUUAUCCGGACAUGCAUAUAUUUCUACAUGUGAAUGUUUUUAAUUGAUUUUCUCAAUGCUUGCAUCAAGAAUAAAAUAGUGUAAAACUGUUAAGUAUUCUCUACUAUGUUAUGUAUGCUGAGUUUUUUGUUCUUACUUUGUGGAAAAUUGGAGUUUUUAAUAUAAUUUGAAAGUGUA